CCCCCGUCGCAGCUGCUGUAUCGGUCCCCACCCCUCCCGGCCCUUUCUGCACUGUCAUCUCCUGCCCCGCAGAGCCUCGACCCGACCCGAGAGUGGGGCCGCCCGAAACGGGCCGAACCGCAAGCCCCACUCCACCCAGCAGAGGAGGCAAGGAAAACAGAUUGGGCAGACUUGGAGCCUCACCACCCGCAGCGUCCCUCGCAGCCUGGACCAUGGGCAACGCGCAGGAACGGCCUUCGGAGACCAUUGACCGUGAGCGGAAACGCCUGGUAGAGACGUUGCAGGCAGACUCGGGACUACUACUGGAUGCGCUGGUGGCGCGGGGCGUGCUCACCGGACCAGAGUAUGAGGCACUGGAUGCACUGCCUGAUGCAGAGCGCAGGGUGCGCCGCCUGCUGCUGCUGGUGCAGAGCAAGGGCGAGGCUGCCUGCCAGGAGCUGCUGCGUUGUGCCCAGCAUACUGUGCGUGCGCCAGACCCGACCUGGGACUGGCAACACGUGGGCCCUGGCUACCGGGAUCGCAGCUAUGACCCUCCAUGCCCAGGCCACUGGACACCUGAGGCACCCAGUUCAGGGACCCUGUGUCCUGGGCUGCCCAGAGCUUCAGAUCACCAUGAGGCCGAGGGUCCUGAGGGCUCGGAAGCAGUGCAAUCCAGGACUCCAGAGGAGCCGAACCCAGAGGAGGAAGCUGAGGUCUCUGAAGGGGCUGAGCCAGAGCCAGAGCCAGAGCCAGAACCAGAACCCCAAAUGGAUCCAGAACCAGCACCGGAGGCAGAUCCAGAACCAGAACUGGAACCAGAGCCUGAGCCUGAAUUUGAGGAGGGGGAUGAGUGCGAAGAUUCCUGAAGGCCAGAAUGCUGACUUGCUGUUUUCUGCCCAAGCCCAAGUGGGAUAGGAUCUGAGAUCAUGCCAGAGCUGGAUCCAGUGCCAUCAAAGCUCCAUCAUCUGUCUAACUGGAAGUGAAUAAACUCCAGCCAACCUAGGCUUUCUCCACAA